AUGUCGCAAACCGUCGGCAAGACCCGUCUUGCUUAUUCUCGAGCAUGGCAUUAUGUCGAUGCUGGCUCCGACUCACGCUCUCUCGGCCGUCUGGCUUCCUCAAUCGCCCUCGUCCUGAUGGGCAAGAACAAGCCCAUCUACGAUCCCUCGACGGACUGCGGUGACUACGUCGUGGUUGCGGGCUGCCAUGAUCUGCGAACAACCGGAAAGAAACGCUUCCAGAAGCUGUACUAUACCCACACGACUCGCCCCGGUAGCUUGAAGAGUAUGACAAUGGAUCAAAUGUUUACCAAAUGGGGUGGUGGAGAGGUAUUGCGCCGCGCUGUGAAGGGCAUGCUGCCCAAGAACCGCCUUCAGGAGCCCCGGCUGGCUCGGCUCAAGACUUUCGAAGGUCUUGCCCAUCCCUACAAGGAGAACAUCGUCAAAUUCGGUAACGAAUCGGUUCUGAGCAACCCCAAGGUGCAAGAAGCGUUCAAGGAGGCCAAGACAUCCGCAUAA